GUACAUCUUGUCGAUAACAAACGAGGAGGAGAUACGGGAGUAUGUCGUCGACCUCAUUCAGGGGACUGACGGGAAGAAAAGUUGGUUUGUGGAAGAGCUCUUGGCCAGGUGGCGGAAAUCCUGCCAGCUGCCGUCGGAGCCUUUGCCAGCAUAUCGGAAAAAAGACGAGACUUUGGAGGUGCCUCGGCCUGGAGACCAAGUGAAAAAGGGGAAACGCAAAGGGAGAAACAAGCAGGAGACGCCUGUGUACGCUGAGCCCAGCGCCCCCAUCGAGGAUGUCAAAACCCCCAUUGACCUAGCCAAGGCACAGGAGAACAGCAGUGUCAGCAUCAAUUCCUCGAAGAAGAAGCCCAAGUAUGUCAACCUGUACACCAAGGAGGGGCAAGACAAGCUGGCUGUGCUGAUCCCUGGGCGGCAUGCCUGUGAGUGCCUGGGCCAGAAGCACAAGCUCGUCAACAACUGCUUGGUUUGCGGGCGCAUCGUCUGUGAGCAGGAGGGCUCCGGGCCCUGCUUGUUCUGCGGCUCUCUGGUGUGCACCAAAGAAGAGCAGGACAUUCUCCAGCGGGACUCAAACAAGAGCCAGAAGUUGCUGAAGAAGCUCAUGGCAGGUGCGGAGAGCUCGGGGAAUUUGGAUGCCAUCAGCAAAGAGUUGCUGCCUCGACAAGAAGCUCGACUCAAAGCGGGCCUGGAAAUGGCCAUGAAACACAAAGACAAGUUGUUGGAGUUUGACAGGACGAGCGUGCGGCGAACCCAGGUCAUCGACGAUGAGUCGGAUUACUUCGCUACCGACUCCAACCAGUGGCUCUCAAAGCAGGAGAGGGAGGCCCUCCAGAAGAGAGAGCAGGAGCUGCGGGAGCUGCGCCACGCCUCACGGCUCACCAAAAAAAUCACUAUUGACUUCGCUGGCAGGCAGAUCGUGGAGGAAGAUGACAGCAUGGCUGAAUACCACAGCAGGCUGGAUGAAACCAUUGAAGCCAUUAAUCGCGGCACACUGAGCAAGCCAGCCAGGAGCCCAGAAGCAAAGACAGCUCUGAGUUCCGGAGUUUUACUGAAUCCCCGGCUUCUUCAGCCUCCUCCUUUGUGGGUGGACCAAACUGGUUCACUCCCGCACAGGAAAGUUGUCCAUUCCACGGAUGUCGGAAACGCGCCUGGCUCGGAGCGGAACAGGUUGCGGAUUCAAGAUCGAGAGUUGCAGGAGAUUUCGGAUGACGGUUGGUGCCUCAGUGUGCACCAGCCUUGGGCUUCCUUGCUCGUCAAAGGAAUCAAAAGGGUGGAGGGCAGGACGUGGUACACACCGCACAGAGGGCGCUUGUGGAUCGCAGCUACUGCUAAAAGACCUUCCCCACAGGAGAUCUCAGAACUGGAGACUACCUACAAAAUGCUGCUCCAGAAAGAUGUGGAAUUUCCAAGUGAUUAUCCUUCUGGGUGCCUCCUGGGCUGUGUGGACGUGACCGAUUGUUUGUCACAAGAGCAAUUUAAGGAGCAGUACUCGGAUCUGAGCCAGGAGUCCGGGUCUCCGUUCGUCUUUAUCUGCGCUAAUCCCCAGGAGAUGGUCGUGAAGUUUCCCAUCAAAGGAAAACCCAAAAUCUGGAAGCUGGAUGCGAAGAUCCAUCAGGGAGCGAAGAAGGGGUUAAUGAAGCAGAAAGUGAUGGG